AAAAGAAAAGAAAAGAAAAAGGAAAAAGGAAAAAAAAACAAGGGAUAAAGUUUUCAACUACAAAAUAUAUAUUUAAAAGAGAGGAGGGAACUGGAGAAACGGUAAUGAUUCAUAAUAAAUUAAAUAAAUUUAUCAGAAACAAGAAGUAAUAAUAAGAAUAAAACUUCAUUAAAAUAAUCAUCAAGAUAAAAGUAAAUGAAAUAAGAAAAGAAAAAAAAAGAAGAAAAAUAACGAAAGAAAAAUCAUUUGAAAUCAACUCAUCAUUAUAUUAUUAUGGUCAUUUAUCAAUAACAAUAACAACAGAAAAAACAAAAAACAAAAAAGGUUACAUGGAUUACACUUAUUCAUGAUUACAUCAUCAAUGUUACAUGUGUGUGUGUGUGUGUGUAUUUAUAUAUUACUCAAUUAAGGAAGAAUACAUAUAUGUAUAUAUAUAUAUAUAUGUAUACAAUGAACAUUCAAUAUAAGAUAUAACAAAGAAAACACAACAUAACAUAGCAACUAAUUUAUAUUCAAUAGAUUGUUUAUUAUAUACCAUUGAAAGGAUUCAAAGGAUCCAUCUUGAUGGAUUAUAUAUACAUAUAUAUAUGUAAUAUGAAUAAUAUUCAUUAUGGAGUUAUAUAAUUCAAUGUUUAUUUUAUAUGAUUGUAUAUCCUUUUGAUUAUGGAAAAUCAUCUUGAUCAUAAAUUGAAUGAUAUAGAAUCUGAUUCAAAGUUAUUUUAUGAAAAGAUUCAACGAAAUUAUUCAGACUGUAAUCAACCAUGGAAUAUACUUAGUGAAGUUAUUAAACAAGUGAAACAAGAAUGUUUUGAACGUGUAAAAUGUUUGGAAGAAGAAAAUUUAAUUCUACAACAACGUUAUAAAGAACUUGAAGAAAGGGUUUUACCAUUAACCAAAUCAUUAAAUAAACAUGAAGAUCUUAAAGAAUAUAUAAAAUUUUUAUAUACUAAUCAAAUGAAUUCAACUACAGUUAAUUUAACAUCAAAUUCAUAUGUUGAUAUAAACAAUUCUAAUACAAUAGAACAAUUAACUAAUCUUUUACUCUAUACAAAUAUAUCACAAAAGGAUAUUUUAUUCAAUUAUCAUCAAUUACAUAAAAGAGUAGCUCAAUUGGAACAAAUCAAUUCUUUAUUAUGUUCAAUUAUAUGCAAUGAAGGAUUCAUUCCAAUCUUAGAUAAGAAACUAUUAAACAAUAAUAAUAAUAAUAAUAAUAAUAAUAAUAAUAAUAAUGAAAUAAAUUCAACAUUCCAUUCCCCUUUAAAGAAUUUAUCAAGAAUGAAUUAUCAUCAUUCAAUAGAAAACUUAUCUUUAUAUAAUACUACUAAUGAAACUACUGAUAAACACAAAAGUACUACUAGUACUAGUACUAGUACUACUACUACUACUAGUACUACUACUACUACUACUACUACUACUACUACUAAUAAUAAUAAUAAUAAUAAUAAUAAUAAUAAUAAAACUAACGAUUUUGUACAGAAUACUAUAGAUCAUCAUCAAUUAUCUUUAUUGAAUAAAUGUACAGUUCAACAACCAUUUGAUUAUACAAAUAUGAAUAUUUCACAAUUCUAUACACAACAACAACAACAACAACAACCAUUCAAUUCAAUAAAAUUCACAUGGAUACAAUCAAAAUCAUUACCUAAUUUAAAAAUCAAUUCAAUGUUAAAAAAAACUUCAUUAUGGAGAAAUUCUUUCAAAUUAUUCACUCAUUCAUUAUCAUUCAUUCCUAACAUUAAUUAUCCAAUUCAACCAUCAAAAAAACAAACCAUAGUAACAAGAUCAUCUAAUAGUUGCCAUGUUAUACAAACUAUUUAUCAUACCAUUAAAACAAAAUCUAAUAAAGACAAGUUCAAUACACUAUUAUCUAAACGAUGGAUACAAUUACAUAAUCUAUCAUUGAAUAAAUAUCAAUAUAAUAUUCAUCAAAUACAUAAUCAUAUUAUAUUAGGAUCAAAAAGUUUACCAUUAAUCGAUAAUCAAUCAAUGGAUUAUUGGAAGAACACUUUAAAAUCAUCUCUAAUCAAUCAUAAUCAAUUAAUUCAUUCAUAUUCAUUAUAUAAUUUACAUAUUAAUAAUAUUCCAUUAAAAACGAUCAUAGAAACUAAUUCUAAUCGAUUAAGUGAUCAUAAAUUAGUAAUCAAUAAUAUUAGUUCAGAUCAUAAUAAUAAUAAUAAUAAUAAUAAUAAUAAUAAUAAUAAUAAUAAUAAUAAUAAUAAUAAUGAUUGUAAACAUGAUAAGAAAAUAAGUCAUUGUAUAAAACAAUCUAAAGUUUCUAUAUCAUCAUCGUCAUCCUCACCAUCAUCAUCAUCAUCAUCAUCAUCAUCCUCACCAUCACCAUCAUCAUCAUCACCUAAUCAAAGUAUUGAAUAUCUAUCGAAUUCAAAACAAAUUUUAUGCAGGGAUCAAAAAUUACGUUAUCAUUAUCCAUUACGUUCAACUAUGUUACAUUCCAAUACAAUAACAUUAAUGAAUAAAAAGAAAUUGAUUCAAAGUUAUGAUUUAGAAAGUCAUUUAAGUAUUUAUGAUACAUUUCGUAAAUUUCAUAAUGCACGUAAAAAUUUACAAUUUGGUGUAUUUAGUGAUACAGAAUUAUUAACUAGUAAAUUUACAAUAACAUCUACUGAUGAUUCAGCUAUUGAUAGUUGGUGUGAUGAUGAUUUAUAUAGUUCUUCUAUGGAUUCAUUAUAUAUUAAAAAUUAUUUUAUCAAAUCUAAUAAAAAAAGAAAUUAUGUUAUGAAUAAUACUAGUACUAGUAGUAGUACGACGACAAUGACGAUGAUGACUACGACGGUGACGACGAUGACGACGACGAUGACGACGACGACCAGUACUAGGACUACUACUAAUAGUAAUGAUAAUGAAGAUGUUUCUUUUAGUAAUAGUAGUAAUAGACAGAAACGAAUAUCAACCAUAUCAAAUAUAAAUGAUCAUAAUAAUGAAUCAAUCAAUAUUGAAAUGAAUAGAUCAAUUAAUGAAAAUACAAAUAAAAAUGACACUUCAAUUAUAUUGGAUUAUAAACAGAAUAGUAUUGAAUGUAAUAAUAGAAUACAAACAUUGAAGAAGAUCAAUCCACCAGAAGUAAACAAUGUUUUACAAUGUAAAAACCAUUCUUUGGAUCCAAAAUCUCUUAAAAAUUCUUCUGAAGCUUCAAGUGAUUCACAAUGUAAUCUUAAAGUUGUUGCUCCACCACCAGUGGUUAUCUAUAGGAGAAGAUUUCAAAAGUUUACAUCUAAAAGAAUAUCAAAGUUUACUGAUCGACAAAAAUCUGCUAAUUGUAAAAAUAUGGAAGAAAUAAACUCUUCUAUGAAUAAGACUGAGAAUAGAAUAAACCCUACUCUAACUAUUAAUAAUCCAUUACAGACAAAUAUGAAACAUUCAAAGAUAACAUUAUCUAAUGAGAAUAAUCAUAGUAGUAAUGUAGAAAUGAUGAAAGAAAUGUCUCAGUCAAAUAGAUAUCCCUGUCAUUUCAUCACAUCAGAACAAAAUAAAUUAUCUUUUCAAAAUGUUACAAAAGAGAAACCAUUUCAAAUGAUUGAUAAAGUUGGAAAUAAUUGUUCAAUCAAGACAUUACAUAGACCAAAACACUGUUUGAAUACGAAAACCCAAUUAUCACCAACAACAACAUCAUCAUCAUCAUCAUCAUCAUCAUUACCAUUAAUAUCGAUUUCUCAGAAUUCAAAAAUAAGAAUACCUCAAUUGAUGGGUACUACAACAUGUAUACCCAUGUCACCAAUACUAUCUUCUUGUUGUUCUAAUGAAAUGAAUGAUAAACCUAAUUGUAGGUUAUCAUCAUCUAUGACGUUGAAAACAUCAAAUACUGUUAAUAAAUCCUGUCAUUCUAAUACAUUGAAUUCUUCUGAAAUUCGUCGUCUUAGAACUAUAUCACAUAGUCCUAUAAAAUCUCUUUCGAAUACAGCAUCAAACGAUAGAAAAGAAUUGAAAAUGAACAUUAUGGCAUCAUCCUCUUCAUCAUCUUCAUCAUCAUCAUCAUCAGCAGCAGCAGCAUCAGCAUCAUCAAAAUCAUCUCCAACAUCACCGAUUUUAUCAAAAAUGAAUACGUUUAACUUAGUAUCUAAUGACAAUUGUAGUUUACAAUCAUCAUCAAUGAUUGAUAGUAGUAAAACUAUGCUCAUUGAGAAGAUUUCAAAGAUUCCUACUACUCUUUCUUGUCUUUCUCCUUUUACUUCUUACACUACUACUACUACUACUACUACUACUACUACUACUACUACUACUACUUCUACUUCCUCAAUGACCACAGCUAUGAUAGAUUCAUCAUUGAAAAAGUUUAAUAAAAUAAUUCAUAAACCUAAAAUGAAUUCAGAGAAAUUACAUAGACGUAUAUAUUGUAAUAAUCAUAUGACAGAAUAUAAUCAUCAAAUUACACCAUCAAUCUCUAUACCACCACCUAUACCACCACGUACUACAUCAAGAUCAUAUACAUAUCAAGGAAAAAUGAUAAUAUUAAAGUCUAAAUGUCUUAGUGUUACUAAUAGUCCUUCUAUGUCUAAUCAUAAUGAAGUGGAUAUACAUAAUGAUACAAAGAAUUGUUAUAAUCAUUACUCUUUAAACCAUUAUUCAUCUUCUAUAAAUCAUGAAAAAAUCAAUAUAAACCCAUCACAAAGUGAAUCUUUGAAUGAACUAAACAACUUAGGUACUAGUACUACUACUACUACUAUUAGUAGUAGUAGUAGUAGUAAUUUAUCAUCUUUCUCUUCACAAUGGAAACGUCCAUUUCAAUCUAAAAUAGCUACAGCUGUUAGUACACAUUAUAAAUAUCCUAUAGAACAUUCAUUAUUGAAAUCUUCAAGUAUUUCAUCUACAUCAAUAUCAUCAUCAUCAUCACCACCAUCAUCAUCAUCAUCAUCAUCAUCAUCAUCACCAUUAUCUUCAGGGAUUCUUUUCACAACUCAUAAUGAUCUAUUAACAGAUUCAUCAAAAUAUAUUACUAAUAAAAUAUAUAAUAAACAGUAUAAUCAUAUACAUAAUAUGAAUAAUGAACAAAUAGAACAUAAAUUAAUAUAUCCAAUCAAUUAUUAUUAUAAUCCUACAUUAGAUAAUACAGAUUUUCAUACACAAUUCAAUACAACCACUACAAUAACAACAUCAAUGACACCAAUACAUGAGAAUCGAUUCAUUGAAACUUCAUAUCCACAUCAACAAUGUGCAUUACAUUUACAAAAAUAUUCUCUAUCUUAUCAUCCACAUCUUCAACAACAUCAUCAUCAUCACCACCACCACCAGCAGCAGCAGCGACAACAACAACAACAACAACCGUUGUAUUAUUCUCAACAUUCAAAAUUGUUUCAAACUUUAGAAGCAAAUUCCCAUUCACCACAUCAUCCUCAUCAUCCUCCUCCUCCUCAUCAUCAUCAUCAUACAGUCAAUGAUACCGUCACUAAUCAUAACAUAACAAUAACUGAUCCAUUAGUUUAUAAUAAACAUCCAUCAUCAAUUUAUACAAUAAACAAAUAAUCAAAUUACAAUCAAAGUAAUAAGAAAAAAUAAAGAAAGAAUGACUCUAUUCAACUCACAUGUUAAUAUUAGACUAAUGUAAUAUAUAGUGUUAUUCGUGUAUCAUUUAAGUUUGAUAUGAAGGGUGGCUGUGGGAGUGGCGGUGGUGGUGGUGGUGGUGGUGUUAAUGGUAGUGGGGGGGUACGGUAAUGUAUACAAUACCCAUAGUUAAUAUGAUAAAAAAAGAGAAAGAAAAAAAAAAGAAGAAGAACAGAAUAACACUACUUAUAUUUGUUUGUUUGUUUGUUUUUGUCUUUUGUUUGUUUGUAUGUUUGUAUGUUUAUUUUUUCAUCUUACCUACUAGGACCAUUACAAUAAAAUAAUCAAUUAAAAAAGUAGGUACUAUACUACUGUUGUAUAGUUGUAUAGUAAUGGAUGAAUGUUUAUGAAAUUUAUAUUUCUGUUCAUUUUUCUUUCUUUGUUUUUUUUGGUUUCUUUUUCAUAAUAUGUAAUCUAAUGUAUGAUUUUGAGUAAGUAGAGAAGAUUUAUAGCUCAGGUGAAUGAUUUCGAUGAAGUUUUGUUGAGAUGGUGGAGAAGAUUUAUAGCUCAGGUGAAUGAUUUCGAUGAAGUUUUAUUGUUCUUUGAACUAGAUAAUAGUUCCAUGAUCAGACAAUCUAGCUCAAAGAACAAAACAGAUGUAUGAUUAAUGAAUCUACUACUACUGCUAAUAAUAAUAAUAAUAAUGUAUAAUGUAAACAUUAAAUAAACACAAAUUAUUACUGUUCAAUAAAUCCAUUUGGUAUCUUCUAUCUUCUUAUGGUUGCAUUAGGACUGUAAUUGAUCAACCUCUCUCUUAUUGACAUAUGUGCAUCCUGUACGUAUUGCCUCGAUAUUGCUUUAAUCUACAAGCAUUAUAACCAAAGAUAGAUAGUGGCUAGCAUUGAAAUCCAGUUGGACAAGCGUUUCGUCCUAUUUGGAACUGUUCAACUGAAUGUACCUGCAUCUCACAGUUAAUAUUCAAUCUGGAAUUCGAACUCAGUACCAUUCGUUU